AGAGAAGGGGGGGGGGGGGGAAACGAUUUGAGAGUGGGGAGCUGGGUGGAGAGAGGUGAGUGAGUGAGUGGCUCUGGUUUAGGAGUUCUGCUGUUCUCAAUGUUUGCCUGUGGUUGAGGUCUCACGCACCCCUGCAGCCCCUCUCAUAGCUUUCCAUGAAAACCGUUUUCACUCCGGUCUCUGGGGAGACGUGGCUCUGAUAGUAUGGGAACGACUGGAGCUCUCCCCACCCCCAACGCGUCACCAUCUGUCAAAGGGAAGCAAAAGGAGCACAAAGAGUUGGGCGCGAUCUACGCUGUCAGCUUUGCUCAGUCACACUCCAGAGCCACGCAAGGAGGGAGCGAGUUGGAAGUCCAGUCAUAAUGGAAAUGUGAAAGCGUUUAUGACAAUGUUAUUCCGAAGUCGUUUUCUGUUUCUGCUGGCAGUAGCUGCCUUGCUGGCUGUCCUAAGCCUCAGCCUACAGUUCUCAGCUUCAACGCGCAGAGGAGUCAGCAUGAGACCAGUUGGAGAUAGGAGAGCUAGAGAAAGGCGAGUGGGAAACCCACGCUGGAGAGUCCAGGAGAAACCAGGGAACAGAAAUGUUCCAAGAGCAGUGCAUCUGAUUCCUGUGACGCAAACAAAAGAGGACAGAAUGGUGGCUAAAAACCGAAAGCGAAUUUUAGUGGAUACGUACACUGCGCCUCCCAGCCUGGAUCCCAUUUAUGAGGCUUACCUGUACUGUAACAUGCCGAAUAAGACUGACCGAGGUCUGGAAGGCCAUGCACCUCCAGACUACAGAUUGAUGUCAGUUCAUGUGAUGAUUCGCCAUGGUGACAGAUAUCCUCUCUAUGCUAUUCCAAAAACGAAAGCACCUGCCAUUGACUGUACAUUGAUCCCUGGCAGGGAACCUUCUCACAGGCUGUUGGCAAACUUUAUAAAGAAUAGGAAGGAAGCUCCCAAAGGUCAACUGGACAGCCCCUUGAACAAUAUUGCACUUCUUCCCAGCCAUACAGUUUGUGAGAUGGGGGAACUAACACAAACAGGUGUUGUCCAGCAUCUACUGAAUGGAGACCACCUUCAUGACACAUAUAUUAAGAAACACAAGCUGCUUCCUGACAACUGGACAAUGAAGCAACUCUAUGUGGAAUCUACGGGAAAGAGCCGGACACUGGAAAGCGGGCUUGCUCUACUGUACAGUCUACUGCCGAAAUUUGACUGGGGAAAAAUACGCAUUCGGCACCAGUGGAGCACCAUUUUCUGCUCCAACAGUUGUGACUGCCCCAUGCGCAACCACUAUUUGGAGGAAGAGCAACGACGUCAGUACAACUUGCGAGUUAAGAACAGCCUGCUGGAACGGACAUACAUCGAUAUGGCCAAGAUUGUUGGGGUUCCUACAAGGCAGCUAAGAGCAGCUAAUCCCAUUGAUUCACUGCUGUGCCAUUUUUGCCACAACGUCUCAUUUCCAUGCACUGAACAUGGCUGCAUUAGCUUGGACCACUUCAGAGCCAUCAAGGCGCAUCAGCUGGAGGAUGAGCGAGACAGACAGAGAAGGAGACUGUAUUAUAAAUACGCACUGCUUGCAACCUAUCCGAUUUUAAACCAGACUGUCACUCGCAUGCAACGGAUUGCCCAAGGAAGAAAGGAUGAGAUAGUUGCUCUCUAUUCUGCCCAUGAUGUCACAGUGGCACCUCUGCUCAGUGCUCUGGGCAUUACCAAUGCCAAUUUCCCUCGAUUUGCUGCCCGAUUAAUCUUUGAAAUCUGGCAAAAUGGAAAGGACAAAAAGAAGAAUUUUGUGCGCAUUCUUUAUAAUGGUGAUGAUGUCACAUUCCAAACCUCAUUCUGUUCUGGACAAAAAGCACAUUCCAAACAACAGCUCUGUCCCUUUGAAAAUUUUCUAAAUUUUGUAAGGAAGGAUGUGUUUAAAGUUUUUAACAGCACAAAUUAUUAUGAUGCAUGCCAUAGAAGGGUGUUCUGAAUAUUUCAGCUGGUGAUAAUUCCAUGUAAUGCUAUGUGUUAUGUGUUUUAAUUAUUACAGGUGAUACCUUUUUGAUUAGAAUAUUCAUUUUCGAUAGAGUUAUUUUAUUUCUAGUGAUAACAAAAGAUCGUGUGGAUUGGUCUGCCACAGUUAGCAUAACGCUGCAUUCCAGCAACUUACAGUAAUUAAUAAUCUAGGUUUGGCCUUGUUUCACAAUGUCAGAUUAUUUAUGAGCUAAAAUGAACAUCGUAACCUAUCCAUUAGCUAGCAUAGAACAGUACAGCACAAUUCAAGCAUUUUGGCCCUUAGAGUUGUGCCAACCUUUUUACCUGCUCUAAAAUCGGUUUAACACUUCUGUCCCACAUAGUCCUCUAUUUUUCUAUCAUCCAUGUGCUCUGUAUGAAUCACUUAAAUGUCCUUAAUGUAUCUGCCUCUACUACCUCUCCUGGCAGCACAUUCCAUGCACACACCACUGUCUGUGUAAAACAAAACACUUGCCUCUAUACUUCCCUCCAAUGACCAUAAAAUUACACAGCCUCAAAUUAGCCAUUUUCAUCCUGGGACAAAGUCUCUGGAUAGCCACUCAAUCCAUGCCUCUUAUCAUCAUGUACUCCUCUAUUAAGUCUAUAAGCAUAGUAGCACAUCUUUAUGCAGGUGUCUUGCAUGUGAAUUUUAACUAAAAGCAAAAAAGAGCAUUUGGUUAACAUAUAGUUCAUAUCUCCAAUUCCAGUCUGGAUCUUUUUUGAUUGUGAAGUGGAUACAGACAGACAUUGCUGGGAAAGCAGAGUCUCAUUAAUCAAACAGCAUACAACACACAAAUGAUACCACUUAGUAUUGUGUAUCAGGGAUCAAAAUCAGACCUCAUGCAUUGAAACUGGUCUUCAACAGAGGCCUGAAGCCUUCAUUGUAAAUGGUUAAAGGGUUCAGACCUUCUAGGAUUGUUGCUGAGGAGUUUGUAAUGUCCAUCUAAUUCAAACUGUUUUCUUUCUUCUUCUCAUCCAUAGUCAUUGCUCCAACUCCUAACAAUUUCCUCAAAGUACCUUGGAUCUUUUCCCAAAUUUAUCUUUAGCAUCCCAAUCAUCUCCUUGGCUUCUCCAAUUUACUCUCACAUCACUUAAUCUCCAAGUUCCAUCAUCACUGUUUGCCUUUGUAGCACUCCCAUGCGUUAAUUGAUGCCCAACUGAUCAGCAAUGUGAUAGAAGAUAUUGUCAACAGUGCUAUCAAAUGGCACCUACUCAACACUAUUCUGCUCAGUCAGUCUGGACACCAGUAAGACCAAUCAGCUUCAGAUCUCAUCACAGCCUUGGUCCAAACACUGACCAAAAUACUGUCCUGACAUCAAAAGAAAUUACUCUCACCUCACCUGAAGUGUGGCACAAAUAAACUCUUGUAAGUCUUUAAGUGAAUGGGUUGCAGUGGGAAAACACUUCAAUGGUAAACUUAUAAAGAUGCUUGGUGUUUGGGGAUGGGUAUCUCCUGAGGUUACCGAGGCCUGAAGAUGAAUCAGAAGUCCAGAAGUAGAAGCCUGUUGGCUGGAACCAAAUCUGAGAAUCUCUGUUGGGGAGGUUGAAGCCCAGUGUUUGCUGGCCCAAGAUUUUGUCCACUCCAGGACCGUCCUGGGAACACAGGACUGUGAAUGUGUGUGGUUGGGAGGGAGGAACUGUGCUUAUUUUUGCUGUUGUUGUUUGUUGCUUAUUGUGUUCCGUGUUGUUCCGUCAAGCAUUGUGGGCAUGUUAUAUGGGCGCCAGAAUGUGUGCCAACACUUGUGGGCUGCCUCCAACAUGACCUUGAUUGUGUUGGUUGUUAACACAAAUGAUACAUUUCACUGCAUGUGUCGAUGUGCAUGUGACAAAUAAACUUGAGUCUUAACAUAUAUAAAGGAAGGUGGAUAUAGUUACUUGGGGUCAGGACAAAACCUCUCAGUUCAGUGUCCAAAGCUAGCUUACCAUCUUUAAGUGCUUGAAAAAAAUCUCAUUCCCUGAUGAGCUCAGAAGUAGCACUGUGCAAACAAUGUUGAAUAUUAUAUGUAAACCCCCAGUCCAAGGAUGAGAUGAUAUUCAGUCAUGGUUUGAUAAGCAAGUUGCAUUGCUGACAUUGAACUGCCAGGUAAUGACUAUAUUUACCAAGAGUCUUUCCUUGACAUUCAAUGGCUGAAUACACGGGAGGAAAUUACUAUUGACCAGAGGUUCAUCUAGGUCAGCCACAUAAGUAUUGUGUUCUCAGGAGUAUGCGUCCUGUUGUGAAUCAUUAACCUCAAGACAAACCAAUGCCUUUCCACCAUCUACGGGCACGAUGGAGCAGAUGGACGCUGGUCAUUGCAGUUACAGACAUCACUUGCCUGAAAGUAUGUACAUCCAAUAACAGGCACUCCAUCAACCAUUUGCAAUGUUUAUCCUCUCCACCAACACCUCACAACAAAAUACACUGUAGUCACUUGGCCAGGCAGCAAGCACAGCAUCUUCAAAAAUUCAUAGCCUCCAUUGCCAAAAAGGAAGAAGGCAAAAGAUGUAUUAGAAAACCAUCGCCUGCAGAUUUUUUUUUAAAUUCACACAGCAUCCUGGCUUUCAAGCAUGCUGCCAUUCAUUUAUCAUUAUUGAUUAUUCUAAAUUGUGAAAUUCCACAUUCACCAUUUCAGAAGUAUUUUCAGCAAAUAACUGUAGCUUUACAAGGAGGUGUCUCACUUCCACUAAUCAAAGAAAAUUAGGGAC